AUGAAAUUAUUGAAUCAUAUCAAUCUAUUAAAUUUGAAAUAUUAUUUCUAUGAAAAGGACCCACAAGAUGAGGUUUAUUUAAAUUUAAUCAUUGAUUAUAUGCCACAAUCCUUAUAUCAGAGAUUAAGACAUUUUGUCCAUCAAAAAUCUUCCAUGUCUCGAUUAGAAAUCAAGAUUUAUAUGUUUCAAUUAUUUAAGGCAUUAAAUUAUUUACAUAAUAUAGUUUCAGUUUGUCAUAGAGAUAUUAAACCACAGAACUUAUUGGUGGAUCCUGAAACUUGGUCAUUAAAGUUAUGUGAUUUUGGUAGUGCAAAACAAUUGAAACCUACAGAACCCAAUGUUUCAUAUAUUUGUUCUCGUUAUUAUAGAGCACCAGAAUUAAUCUUUGGUGCUACCAAUUAUACAAACCAGAUUGAUAUUUGGUCUACUGCAUGUGUUAUGGCGGAAUUGUUAUUGGGACAACCAAUGUUUCCCGGUGAAAGUGGUAUUGACCAAUUGGUCGAAAUUAUUAAAAUUUUAGGAACUCCAACUAAGCAAGAGAUUUGUGCUAUGAAUCCUAAUUAUAUGGAUCAUAAAUUCCCUGCUAUUAAACCAAUUCCAUUAACACAAGUAUUUAAAAAGGAAGAUGAUUAUACAGUGGAAUUUCUAACCAAUCUAUUUAAGUAUGAUCCACAAGAACGACUUAACGCAUUGCAAUGUCUAUGUAGUGAUUAUUUCAAAGAUAUCUCUUUACCUGAUAAAGAUACCAUUGCUCCAUCUUCAUCAAUUAACACUAAUCCUAAUUCAGACCCCUUGGCAAACACUACUGCCAUCACGACAAUUAAUACUGAUGCAUUUAUUCAAAAUCGAGAGAUUAUAGAACAAAAGACUAAAGAUUUAAAACUAAUGAUAUUCGAUAAGAAGAACGAUUUAGGGUUCCUCACGGAGAAUCAAUUGAAUGCAGUAAAACAAAAAUUGAACCCUGUUUUAAUAUGA